AAAGUUUUGAACAAAUUAUUUAUCUACGCCGCCGACCGCCAGAAUCUCGGAGAGACCUAAUCGGCGGAUUCACUUCAGAGGAAACCAUGCGUCUUCACUCAGCAAUUACUCUCCGAAACUUAUUCACCAGGAAGUCUCUCCGAAUUCCUCAGAAUCUAAGCGUUGCUUCUUCUCCGGCUCCCAUAAACUCGCUCGCCGAUGUCUCCGGUCAUAUCGGACCUCCGUCACCGUCUCCCUGUUCGAUAUCCAGCCUCUCGGGAAUAAUCCGAAUCCCAAACGCUUCAUACAAGUUACCCCACGAUAAUCGAAGGAGGUUUGGCACGGACUCUAGCGGCGGCUCAACGCCAGAUGUGAACAAGGUGGUGGACGAGAUCAAUCUAAAGUUCGCUGAGGCGCGUGAGGAAAUCGAAAUGGCGAUGGAUGCGAAGGAGACGGUUUACUUCAACGAAGAGGCGGAGUGCGCGAGAGCCGCCGUGGCGGAGGUUUUGGAGAUGUUCGAUGGUUUGCUUGGGAAGGUAACAGAGAAAGAGAGAGCGACCCUGCAGCGAUCCAUGGGGUUAAAGAUCGAGCAGCUCAAAGCUGAGCUUCAGCAGCUGAACGAAUGAUAUGAUUGAUGAUGUUGAUUCUCUGGAGAAGGAAGAGGUUAGCAGGAAAUUUUCUCUUCUUCACCGAAUACAAUUUGGAUACUGAGCCAUUGUUUAUCAUCUGUGUGUGCUUUGCUCUAAUAAAUUGAGUGAACCUUGCCUUUAUUGUUCUUUCUUGGAUUAGAGUUUAUUCUAAAUUUCUCUAGUUCAGUGAGCUUCGUCUUACGCAUCUUCUGUAUAAAAAUACAAGCUUUUUUUGAAGAAGAACGAACGAUCAAAA